AUGGAAACGAUUAGGAAUCGAUUAGUGGACGUUCGUCAAGAAAGAUCGGAAGAGGAGAAAAACAUUGAAAAUCAAAUAAUUUUAUUGAAAAAAGAUGGAGACGAACCGAAUUUAAAUGACGGUAAAGCUUUAGAAGAUUUACCCGAUUGGUUCGACGAAGAAAAAUUUAAAAGGGGUCAAGAAUUUUUCAAAUUAAAUUAUUUUUCACUUUUCGUAUCGAAAUUAUCGGGUUUGCUCGUCAUACUAUCAAUACCGAGAGUAUUGAAAAUAUUAACGAUGACGGAAAAAUCCGCGACACCCGAACUCGCUUUCAAAAGAUACCUGAAUACGUUAAGGCACAUGCUCAUGUGGUACAACGGAAACGUUUUGGAUAAAGAAUCCUGGGCUUACAAAUCGUUAAAAUUAGUACAUGCCAAACACACGGCUGCCAACAGGAGAGGAAUGACGAAAAAUAUCGGAUCUCUUUCGCAAAGUUCACUCGCGAUAACUCAAUUCGGUUUCAUGGGUUUCGGUCUUUUGAUGCCGGAAAAAUUGGGUGUCGUUGUGAGAGAUGAAAAAGACAUGGAAGGUUUCAUACAUUUUUGGAGAGUCAUAGGAUAUCUUUUGGGAGUUGACGAAGAGCAUAAUAUUUGCAACGGAACCGUCGAGGAAACCAAAGAAACUUGUAAAAGACUUUUAGAAGAGAUUUUAUGGCCGCAUUUGAAGGCACCAUCGAAAGAAUUCAUAGACAUGACGAGGACGGUCAUUAACGGAAUGUGGGCGAUGGUGCCAUUUUUAGAUUUCGAAGGUUUCAUGGCUUUCACUUACGAUUUAUCCAAUUUGAACGUGUCGCCGUUCACGAAUAUAUGGAGUCAAACGAUUUACAAUUUUCAAAAAUUCGUACACCAGAGACUCAGAGAUAAAAUAUUUGGAAAUCUCUGGAGGAUUUUUUUCAAUUUUCAAAUGUGGCUUUCGGUUGUUUUGUCAUCGAGAUUUCCAUUAUUCGCUUAUAUAAGUUUCGGUUCUAUGAAAUCCUCACACGUGGAAAUGUAUUAA